AUGGCCUUUUCUGAUGUUUAUUCUGCUCCUACACCUCCACCUCCACCUCUCACGAAGUACGAUGUUUUUAUCAGCUUCAACGGUAAAGACACUCGUAACGGCUUCACUAGCCACCUUCACUACGCUCUGUGCAGAAACCAAAUCGAAACAUUCAUAGAUUACAGAAUUGAGAAAGGUGGUGAGAUCUGGGAAGAACUCGUGCAAGCUAUAAGAGAGUCUUCGGUGUAUCUGAUCAUCUUCUCAGAACACUAUGCGUCUUCAAAGUGGUGCUUGCGGGAACUUGCUGAGAUCAUAGAACUCACAAACAUGGUGGAAAAGGGACACCACCAUAUUAUUCCUGUGUUCUACAGGAUUGAACCCACGCAUGUUCGGAAGCAGACGGGAAGCUACUACAGUGUGUUCGCAGAGUAUGACAGAAAUUUGGAUAAUCGCCUUGUGCGCCAGUGGAGGAAGGCACUCUUCCAAGCAGCCAAUAUCUCCGGCUUCGAAUAUAAUCAUCACCAUAACAGCAGCGUUGCUUGUGUCGACGGCGGCAGUGAUGCUUUGGAAGACGACGACAGCAUGACAGAAAGAACAGGAUACUUGAUAAAACGGAUAUCUGUAUUGAUCAACUCACAGGAAGUUCGAACCAUUGGAAUUUGGGGCAUGGGCGGCAUAGGAAAAACAACUAUUGCGGCUGCCAUUUUUCAAGAGUUCUCUCCCAAGUAUGAAGGUAGUUGUUUCUUGGCCAAUGUAAGAGAAGAAUCUUCAAGGCAUGGCCUCAACUACAUUUUCAAUAGACUUCUUUCUGAGUUGCUGCAGGAACAUGUUCAUAUUACCACUCCAAAGAUUGUGUCUUCUGCUAUAAUCCGCAGAUUGAGGCGUAAGAAAGUUUUCAUUGUGCUAGAUGAUGUGAAUACUUCUGAGCUUUUAGAAAAUUUGCUUGGAGUGGGACAAGAUUAUCUUGGACUUGGUAGCAAAGUUAUUGUUACCACUAGAGAUAAGCAUGUUUUUCUGAGUAGAUCAGUUGAUCACAUCCAUGAAGUCAUGGAAAUGAAUGAGGAGAACUCUCUCAAACUGUUUAGCUUGAAUGCCUUCAACAGAAACCAUCCUCCUGAGAACGGGUACUGGGAUCUAUCAAAAAGGGCACUUGCUUAUGCCAGAGGAAAUCCUUUAGCAUUGAAAGUUUUGGGAUCAUUUCUUCAUUCCAAAACUGAAAAGGAAUGGGACAAUGCAUUAACAAGAGGAUUCCUAAUGCAGAUAUUCAGAAGGUAUAUUGGAAUAAGAAACCUUUUAGACAAGGCUCUUAUAUCAAUAGCUACCAAUAAAAGCAUACAAAUGCAUGACUUGAUACAGGAAAUGGGUCACAAAAUUGUAUGUGAAGAAUCUUUCAAGAACCCUGGAAAGCGGAGUAGAGUGUGGCACCCAGAUGAAGUUUGCGAUAUAUUAGAGAAUGAUAAAGGAUCCGCUACGAUUGAAACCAUAUACUUGGAUAUGACUCAGCGGACAGAAAUAUGUAUUAGCUCCGGUGCAUUUAGAAAGAUGCCAAAGCUAAGGUUACUUGCUUUUGCUAGCAGCAGCAUUGAUUAUGGGAGAAAAAGAGUUGAUUAUACAUUGAGUCUUCCAACAAACUUGGAGUUGCCUAAUAACUUGAGAUACAUUCAAUGGGAUAGAUGCCCAUUAAAAUCUCUAUCAACUACUUCUUGGCCUAACAAGCUUGUUGAACUCUCCAUGCCAUACAGUAACGUUGAAAAGCUUUGGGAUGGCCCACAGCAACAUGCAUUGCAGCGGCUUCUUUACCCAUAUAUACUGAGUUUACCGAGUUUGGAGGAAGUUUUUCUCAGUGGUUCGAAGCGAAUGAUAGAGUGUCCAGAUUUUUCAGGUGCCCCAAAUCUAAAAACAAUAUGGCUCAAUCAAUGUGAAAGCUUGCCUCAUGUUCAUCCUUCUAUUUUCUCCCUUCCAAAACUUGACUAUUUAGCUGUCUACGGAUGCAAAAAGCUUAAGAGCCUUUCCAGCAACAAUUGUCCAUUGUCUCUUCGCUCAGUGGUUGCCUACAACUGCCCAAAUCUGGAAGAAUUCUCAAUCCCAAUUUCAAAAAAUCAGUCCAAUAUUCAUGUCCAUUUGAGGUCAACUGCCUUGAAACAACUACCAUCGUCAAUUGUGCAUCUUCAAGAUCUUACAAACUUCUCUUUUCCAAUUAGUGAUCUUCUCAUGGCUCUUCCUGAAAAGUUCACCAAUCAAAUCAUGCUUUCAGACCCUAAUAACAAAGAAUAUGACUCAGUGGCCACCUUACGCAGAAUACUACCCAGCCCUAUGUUCCAUUAUCUAAAAGAAUUGAAAUUUGAUGGAUGUCAAAGUUUAAUUGAACUCCCAGACAACAUCUCUUUGUUAUCAUCAUUGUUGGUGAUAAGACUCCACAACACUAAUAUCAUGACCUUUCCAGAAAACAUUAAGACUCUUCCGAGACUCAAAAUUGUUUUACUUUGUCAUUGUGAAAGGUUACAAUAUGUGCCAGCGCUUCCACCUUCCGUUCAUCACUUCAAGGCCUGGGACUGCAAAUCUUUGAGGACAGUGUCAAGCUCCACAAGUGAACUAAAAAGACAACACGGUACUACUUUUAUAUUCGUAAACUGCUUGAAAUUGGAUGAAGAGUCAUGCAAUACCAUUUUGGAAGAUGCCAUUGUUAGGAUGGACACUAGGGCUAAAACACAACAACUCUCACCAAGAUUGGAAGAAAAUAGAAAUGAAGAAUGCACUGUUGUUGAUGAUGAUGAUGGCUUUCUUAGUGAGGAUAACGCCAACGUUGGCAAGGUUUGUUAUUUCUUGCCAAGUAGAGGCAGUAAACUUGGUGGCUUGUUCCAUCGUGGCUCUUCACAAAAUUCCAUCAGCAUUCAACUGCCACAAGGUUCCAAUUUCUUUGGCUUCAUAUUCUACUUGGUUGUUCCACCAAUACAACCAUGCAAUACUGGUGGUGACCUUGACAUUAGGUUUGGGUUUGAAUGUUACUUGGAAACAAGUUGGGGUCAAAGGACCCAUAUAGCAAAUAAUGGAAAUAAUCAGAGGAAGAAAGGCCAUUGA